UUAUUUUCUUGUUUUCUUUCUUUAGCUUCUUUCCUCGCUUCUUCUUAAGCUGCUUUUUCUGACGCUUUUAGUAGUUGAAAUUAUGUUAUGCUCUUGAUGAUGAUGAUGGCAGUACUUAUUCUGCAUUUUCACCUGGAAAGAUCGAUGCUUGCUCGUUGUUUUGAAUUCCCUUUGUUGGUUCUUUGAAGUUGUUCAGCUAGGCCCCCUGGAACCUCAGGUUUUGAUGUUUUAAGGACUUUGCUUUUGUGAGUUCAGUAAGUGUAAGUUUGUUGGACAAUAAUUAGCUGUUGGUUAUAAAUUUUGGUGGGUUCUUUUCAAUAGACAUGGAGUUCAAGAGUUAUUCUUUUAAUGGGUUUUCUCUAUGGAUACUACUUAGUUGUAGUUUGAGCUAUGCUACUGAGCAAGAUAUUGCUUGCUUGAAAAGUAUAAAAGCUUCACUUGAGGACCCUUAUAAUUACUUGAGUGCUUCUUGGAACUUCAACAAUAAUACCGAAGGAUACAUUUGUAAGUUUGCUGGGGUCGAGUGUUGGAACUCUGAGGAGAAUAGGGUUUUGAAUCUCCGCCUUUCGGAUAUGGGACUCAAGGGCGAAUUUCCUCGUGGCAUUAGUAAUUGCUCGAGUAUGACUGGGUUAGAUCUUUCAAGCAACAAUCUCUCUGGAAGUCUUCCAGAAAAUAUUUCUCAUUUGGCCCGGUUUUUGACUUCUCUUGAUCUCUCAUCGAAUAACUUCUCAGGGAAUAUUCCGGCGAAUCUUGCUAACUGUAGCUAUUUGAACACCCUGAAACUUGACCACAACCAGUUCACGGGUCAAAUUCCUGCACAACUAGGGCAGCUUGAUCGGCUGAAAACGUUUAGUGUUGCUAAUAACCAGCUGUCUGGGGAGAUUCCACACUUUUCCGGUUAUUCUGUUAAGCCAGAAGAUUUUGCAGGUAAUCUAGGACUCUGUGGGUACCCAUUGAAGUCUUGCCAGAAAGCUAAGUAGAUGAUGCAAGUCACAAGGAACAUAAAUGGUUCGUAUGAAUUAAUAUAGUUGCACUGGGUGGUUUCCUUUUAAAUAAGAACAUGUUUGUCUUUGAAUUUACUUAAAACAAGCAAGAGUGGCACCAGCUAUCCUUCCACUAUCUGCUUUGAAUUCUAGUUUUCUCUGUUGAAUUAUGGACUUCCAAUUUUUUCUUUCACUGUUGAGCCUGAUGUUGUUUUAGUUUUUGGAAAUUUUGUCUCAAUGUUUGAUUAGUUAUAGGUUUUAUGGGUUCUUUUCACACAAACUUGUUAUUACCUUUCUCAUUCCAAUUUAUAAACGUCUGUUCCUGCUUUUGUUGAAA